AAAAUCGUAACUGUCUAUAAGAACAAUGGUUGCCGCAUUAGACGCAUCAAAGGUGCAAAUCACCAAGACUACUACUCCUAAGGAAAAACUUCCAAAUGACCAAUUAGUAUUUGGUAAGACUUUCACAGACCACAUGCUUGAAAUUGAAUGGACUGCUGAAGCUGGUUGGGGAACUCCAAAGAUCUCUCCAUACCACAACCUUUCCUUGGACCCAUCCACUUGUGUGUUCCACUAUGCUUUUGAACUUUUCGAAGGUAUGAAGGCUUACCGUGACAAGGACAACAACAUCAGAACUUUCAGACCAAUUAAGAAUAUGGAAAGAAUGAACAAAUCUGCUGAAAGAAUUGCUUUGCCAACUUUUGAUGAAGAAGAAUUAUUGAAGUUGAUUGAUCAAUUGAUUUUGACUGAUGAAAGCUUUGUUCCUCAAGGUGCUGGUUACUCUUUGUACUUGAGACCAACCAUGAUUGGUACUACUGCUUCUUUGGGUGUUGGUACUCCAGACAAGGCCUUGAUUUACGUCAUUGCAUCUCCUGUUGGUCCCUACUAUGGUACUGGUUUCAAGCCAGUUGCUCUUGAAGCCACUGACUAUGCCGUCAGAGCUUGGCCAGGUGGUGUUGGUAACCGUAAGCUUGGUGCCAACUACGCCCCAUGUAUCUUGCCACAAUUGGAAGCCGCUAAGAGAGGUUACCAACAAAACUUGUGGCUUUUCGGCGAAGAAGGUUACAUCACUGAAGUUGGUACCAUGAAUGUGUUCUUUGCCUUUAAGAAUGCUGAUGGCACCAAGGAAUUGGUUACUGCUCCAUUGGAUGGUACCAUUUUGGAAGGUGUUACUAGAGACUCCAUCAUUCAAUUAUGUCAAGAAAAGUUGUCUUCUGAAUGGACUGUCAAUGAACGUAAGUUCACCAUGGCUGAAGUUAAGGAAAGAGCUGACAAGGGUGAAUUGAUUGAAGCCUUUGGUGCCGGUACCGCUGCUGUUGUUUCUCCAAUCAAGAUUAUCGGUUGGAAGGGUGAAGACAUUGAAGUUCCAUUGGCUGCAGGUGAUUCUGGUGAACUCACCAAAUCUGUUGCUGAAUGGAUCCGUGCUAUCCAAUACGGUGAAGUUGAAUACAAGGACUGGUCCAGAGUUGCUAAAUAGGUAACUAUGUAUUCACACUAUCAAAUGAAUUGAAAAGAUAUUUUUUUA